CAUCGUCUUUUACCUAGCUAUAACAGUCAGAGCCUUGAUCGUCUGCUAGCUGCUAGUCGACAUGGAUCGCCCUUCGACCCCUCCGCCGCAGUCGGCGGACCAUCGAGCUUCCUUCGAUUCUCCACGCUCCGUAAAUUCGAACUCUCAGGAAGCCUACACCUCCCUUUCCGACCUGAUGAAGCAAAAGAAGAAACCCAGAACCUCGUCCAACCCGAAACCGCAACCUCUGCGACUGGGUCAAGAAUCUUCAGACUCGCCGGACAGGCACAGGGGAGCGAGGGUUGCCGGUCAACGUGGUCAGAACUAUGGUGCCGUUUCCGAUGCUGCUGCGGCCAAGAAGAAGGAGAAGGAGAAGAACCGACACAAGAAGCUUUCUUUCAAGCAGUUAGUUGCUCUCACUGUCUCCAUGGGUGGUAGUCAGAUCGCUUGGGUCGUCGAGCUGGGUUACGGAACGCCGUACUUGUUGUCCCUCGGUCUCUCUGAACAGCUUACAUCCCUCGUCUGGCUGGCCGGACCGAUCUCUGGUCUUAUCGCUCAGCCUCUGAUCGGAGCCAUCUCCGAUUCGUCCCUCUCAAAAUACCGUCGUCGCUCCUGGAUCGUCGGCGCGACCAUCCUGCUCGCUGCUUCGGCCCUUGCUCUCGCCUUCACCGAACCGCUUGCGGAUAUCCUCGUCGACUUGUUCAGGGGUGGUGUUGCUGAUUGGGACCCCAAGAGGCAGGAACUAGUUCAGAGCACCGCAAUUGCCAUCGCUGUCAUUGCUUUCUACGCUCUCGACUUUGCUUUGAACGGUCUGCAAGGAUCUCUGCGGAACCUUGCCCUCGACGUUGUCCCCGGAGAACAACUUGCUACAGCCAGCGCCUGGCACGGUCGAUUCAGUCACUUCGGGAACAUUCUCGGAUACGCCUUGGGCAGUCUGAACUUGGCAAACGCACCUAUUUUGAAAUACGUUGGAGGUGGACAGUUCCGAAAGAUUUGCAUCAUCGCGAUCGUCGCCCUUGUGACUACCGUCUGGGCCACUGUCUGGUUUACGGAGGAAGAAGAGCGUGAGGAGCAGUUUGGGCAGAAAAAGUCCAAAUUCACCGACGUCUUCUCCACCAUCUACGAGGCCGUCAUCCACUUGCCCAAGCCGGUUCGUCGGGUCUGCUACGUGCAGAUCUGCGCCUUUAUGGGAUGGUUCCCUUACCUCUUCUACUCCACCACCUGGGUUGCCGAGGUCAUGGCUACUGAAAUUGGGAGAGACCCCAAUGUCGAUGACGCGACUCGGGCGGGUAGUCUUGCUUUGCUAAUCUACAGUUCCGUCGCUAUCGUUGCCGGUGUCUUGUUGCCUUACCUGGCCGCACGAGACCACCGUCUUUUGAGACCCGAUAACGAAAAGCACGGACAUGAUGACGACGAGUCAGACGAGGAGGAUGAAGACGACAAGGAGCUCAAGCGUAUUCAAGACAUGGUUCGAGAAUGGAAGGCUGAAGCCCACCGGGAGGGCAAACCGCUCAAGCUUCCUAUCAUGCCGUUCUUGCUCCGAAACAUCUGGACGUCUACCUUGCUGCUCUUUGCCUUUUUGAUGUUCACCACAUUCUUUAUCAACAAGGUCUGGCAGGCUACCUUGAUGAUUGCUUUGGUCGGAAUUUGCUGGGCUGUUGCUUGCUGGGUUCCUUUCGCCAUCAUCAUGGAGUAUCUGAAAGAGGUAGACGACCGAGGCAAAGAGGGCGGAGAGAAGCCUCAGGCUGGUCGAGCGGAACGUCCUCAUACUGCGGCGGGCGGCUUUGCCGGUCGACCCGGACAUGCUCGUGCCGCUUCGACUCCCGUCGUCUGGAACCCGCCUUCGGCUCCUACCGAGAGGACCGGUCUGAUCAGGAGUCUCUCCAUGGCCAACAUUGAUGACCUCAACGAAGAGGUCGACUAUGCUGGUUCCAAGCCCGCCGGUGGUACCAUCAUGGGUAUCCAUAACCUUGCCAUCGUCUUCCCUCAAUUCCUGAUCGCGGUUAUUGCUUCUCUCAUCUUCAAAUGGGUCGAUGGCGAAGCCCCGGCUACUGGAGGCCUCGUCAAGCAGCAUCACGCCCAGACCAGUGGCGUCGCUUGGACCUUGCGUUUCGGCGGUUUGAUGGCAGUCGUUGGCGCUCUGAUCUGUCGAAAGGUCGCCCCUACCAAGACCGAGAAGGCCAUGAGGCGUCGCCUUGCAGAGAUCAAGGAACAAACCGAAAACGACGAGGUUUAGGCUGUCGAACACGGCCGUGUUCUCGGUACCACGUUUUGUCCCGUCCCCGUUUCACCCAUCAGACUGUAUGAUGUUUUGGACCCUUUCUGUAGCCCACUUCCAUGCCCAAGACAUCUGGCAGACCCCUCUUUGUCUAUCUUAUAACGGUUCCGGAGCUCUGCAUGUCGCCUGAUUUCAUUCUGCAUUCCCCAUA